AUGCUGACGACUGCAAAUGUCCUCAAGAAAACAACCAAUAAUACAAUAGCAGAUUACACCACUUAUGGUUAUGGAUAUGAAUCUAGUGUUAGUUUUCCUAUUUAUGAUUAUAUGGAAGAGGAUGACUAUGGCAAUGAACUGUGUGACAAGGCCAGCAUAGUCAAACUUGGAGCAGUCUUGACCUCGGUGUUCUUCUCACUUGUAGUCUUCUUCUGUCUGUUUGGCAACAUUCUGGUCAUGGUGAUUCUGACCAAGUAUGAGAAUCUCAAGUCCUUGCCCAACAUUUUCAUCCUGAACCUCGCUGUAUCAGAUCUCAUCUUCAGCGCAGGUUUGCCCUUCUGGGCUUACUACCAUGUGUAUGGAUGGACACUGGGGGAGGCUGCUUGUAAAAUCGUGUCCUUUGUCUUCUAUUUGGGCUUCAACAGCAGCAGUGUCCUCCUCAUCGUGAUGACCAUUUAUCGUUAUGUGGCGGUCAUGAGUCCUCUUACAAGCUUUAUGUCCACUAAAGGCAUCUACAGUGUCCUGGCAUCUGUGGUCAUUUGGGCUGGUAGUUCUGUAACAGCCACUCCUGCACUCAUCUUCACAAAAGUCCUGGACCAAACGUAUUGCGAUUACAAAGACCCGUACUGGAAGUCAUGGGGAAUCUACCAGCAAAAUAUUCUCUUUCUGGUGACUUUUUUUGUCUUUGGGUUUUGCUAUAGUCAGAUAGUGUACAAGCUACUGCGCCCUACAGCCCGGAGAAGGAGAGACAAAUCUUUGAAGCUGAUCUUCACACUGGUUGUCUUUUUCCUUGUCGGCUGGGCACCGUACAAUAUAGUUAUUUUCCUGAAGUCCCUGUCUGUGACUCAGCCAGUGGUCGUCGAUUCAAUCACCUUGUCUAGCAGAUGUGAAGACAGCAAGCCCCUGGAGUAUGCCUUUUACAUCAGUCGUCUUGUUGCGUUUUCCCACUGCUGCCUGAACCCCGUGUUUUACGUGUUUGUUGGGGUGAAGUUUAAGAACCACCUGAAGAAGCUGCUGCUGCGGCGCUGGGGCCAGACCAACAGCAGCCUGCGCAGAAGAAGCAGUCGGUACACCGUCACAUCCCUGACUAGCGGAGGGGAUCUCUAUAUAGCCACAACCGGUGGAGAGGAGCACUGA